CCGAAAGCGGCGGCGCUUGCGCUUCCUCGCCCGCGCUGCUCCCCGCUCGGAGCCGCGCCCCGCACCUCCCCCCGCCGCCCCGGUCCGGCGUGCGGCGAGCUCCGGCUCAGGCAAGGUUAAUAUAGCCAAGAACUGACAUAUAAUUAAGUAAAAUUCUGGAAAAGAUGAGAUUAUAGUCUACUGCUAUAAAUGAAUAAUCAUUUGGAAAUAGAAGGAUGACAAGAUAAGAGGCUUUGGCUCCUUUUAACACCUAAACUGAAGCGCGGCUUCCAUGGCCUGUGAGGAACUCACUGCUGUCUCGGGCAUCUUUACGCGCCAGAACUCUGCUAGUGCUGUUUCUCUGGACUUCGAACCCAACACUGACUACAAGUUUGUGGAAACCUUAGAGGACCGGUACAAGUGUGCCUACUGCCACUUAGUCCUUCACAAUCCCCACCAGACAGGAUGUGGGCACCGGUUUUGUCAGCAGUGCAUUCUCACUUUGCGAGAACUGAAUGCAGUACCCACAUGUCCUGUCGACAAAGAAACAAUAAAAAUGCACGAGGUAUUCAAGGACAACUGUUGUAAAAGAGAAGUUCUCAACUUGUACGUGUUCUGCAAAAACUUCCCUGACUGCAAUUCAAAAAUAAUUCUGGGGCGGUAUCAGGAACAUCUUCAGCAGUGCUUGUUUGAAAGCGUGCAGUGCACUAAUGAUGGAUGUUGUGAUCAAAUCCUUCGGAAAGAUUUGAAAGAUCAUUUGAAUCAGCACUGUAAAUUUCGAGAAGAAAUGUGUCAGUACUGUAAUAAACACGUGGUGUUAAUGAACAUAAAGAAUCAUGAGGAAAAUGACUGUCCUGAUUAUCCCAUGCCUUGUCUCCAAAACUGUUCACAGAUAAUUCUGAAAAAGGAGAUUGAAAAGCAUCAUACUGUGUGUCCUGAGACUGAAGUGGACUGCCCAUACAAACAGUAUGGCUGCCAUAUAAAGGUGAAAAGAGGGAAACUUGCUGAACAUGAAAAUGGUGCCCUGCGGGAACACAUGCUGCAGAUUUUAGACAAGAAUUCUAGAUUGGAAGAACAAAUCUCUGACCUGUACAAGAGCCUGGAAUGUAAAGAGAUUAAAAUCCAGCAGUUAGCAGAGGCUGUUAAAAAGUGUGAGAAAGAAUUCAGACAGUUUACACAACUGUUUGGUAAAAAUAGCAACUUGAUGGUAAGCACACAGGCUCUUGCCAGUCAUCUGGAUAAGUCUGCUCGACUGGAAUCGCAGGUGAAACAGCUAAUACAGAUGGCAAACCAACAACAAAGUAAAUUAGACUUGAGACCCCUGUUUGACACAAUUGAAAAUGUAAAACAGAAGAUUGCCCUUAUGGAGACAUAUGAUCAGCGCUUAGUUGUUUUGGAAAGUCAGUCCAGCAAACAUGAUCUCCAGAUCAAUAUUCACAAAGCACAGCUCAAUAAAAACGAAGAACGAUUUAAGCUUUUGGAAGGCACAUGCUACAACGGGAAAUUAAUUUGGAAAAUCACAGACUACAAGAUGAAGAAAAAAGAAGCAAUGGAAGGUCGUGUCCUCUCCAUCUUCAGCCAGCCCUUCUACACCAGCCGCUGUGGGUACAGGUUGUGUGCCAGAGCCUAUCUGAAUGGGGACGGCUCAGGCAAGGGAACACAUGUCUCACUCUACUUUGUUGUCAUGAGAGGCGAGUUCGACUCACUGUUGCCAUGGCCCUUCAAGCAAAAGGUUACACUCAUGCUUUUGGAUCAAACUGGGAAAAAAAAUCACAUUGUGGAAGUCUUUAGAGCUGACCCCAACAGCAGCAGUUUCAAAAGGCCUGAUGGAGAAAUGAAUAUUGCCUCUGGUUGUCCACGCUUUGUGCCACACACAGUUCUGGAGAACACAAAGAAUACCUAUGUCAGAGAUGACACUCUGUUUUUAAAAGUAGUUGUGGAUCUAACUGAUCUGGAGGAAUUGUGAAGAAAAAAGUAUCCAAUCAGUGUGACUGCUUUAAUUUUUAUGAAAUGCCUUCUUGUUGAUUACUAGCCAUGCAAUAGUGAAUUGCCACCUGUCAGCUACUCAUGUGUUUCAAGGCUCUUGGACCAUGUGACAGACAACGAAUUGUUAAAACAUCAGCCUUUGUUUUUUAACCUUUUUUCAAGCCUGCAGCUUUAAGGCAGCUGUAAGACCAGUCUGAUGUGAACACGCAUUCAAUCCAGUGCUUUGACUAGGCUCAGUGUGGGCUGGGUGUGAAUGCUUGGCUCACAUCACAGGACUAGUAAUUUAGGAUGAAAAUUCUCCUAUAAGCCCUUGGGAGCCCAGGCAGGCCUGUGGGCUCCACUACUCACACCAGUGCACAUUUCACUUGUCUGAAAUGGAAACAUUUCAAUAUUAGCUCGUUUGAAUCAAUGUAUCAUGAGCCCUCAAUCUCCUGGAUUUUUGAAGCAGUGAGAAAGGGGUUCAGCCAGACACCUGUCAGGGAUCUUGCAUACUUUUUUUCAUUAACGUAUUUUUUACCAGGAAUUCCAGAGCAAAAUACCAAUGCCUCUUACUUUUCUAGCCUGAUAUUUCAGCUGUACAGAAGGUCACAAAACGGCUGUGGUAACAUCAUUUUCAUUCCUGCCUAGUGCCUUGGGACUGAUUUCUACUGGUGAUCAACAUCCACAGUCCCCAGCUGAGGUCAAAAGUAGUUGCAUGUCCUUCUUACCUCUCAGGAUAUGGCCAUAAGGUACUCAGCUGCCAGCUCUUGGAAGAAAGGGGACAAAAUUCUUCAAAAGUUUGUCCUUCCAACUGCAUCCCUGGGCCAACCAGCUCUACAGGUGGCAGGAAGAGCUCUGGAUAUGUUUGGGAAAAACCUCAGAUAACAUGCACUGUUCUCCCUAGAAAUUUGGAAUUUUGGGAAUGAAGGGGGAAAUAGACGAGGAAAUGAAGUUCCUGUUGGAACCCAGGUCUCACGAGUAGUGCAGUUUGAGCAUUUGUUAAAAGGAGUGAGAGCUGCAGAGCAAUUACUGAUAACUAUGAAAUACUUAGGAAGAUCUUCAUUUUUAUCCUAAGUUCUCUCCGUAUUGCAAGCGAACAAUUGCAUUUUAUGUGGUUUAUUGGAGACACACUAAGAAUGCCAAGAUCAGGCACCAAGCAACAAGAAGCAAAGAACACACGUGCCUUUUUAAAGUCUUUUGGGUGCUUGUAGGAUGGAUGUAAUUUUGCACACUCAGUCUUUUGUUGUUAGAAGUGACGGAAUUUUGUGUCUCAUUUCUUGCAGAUCAGGUAGUGAAAGAGCAAAAUAUUAUCCACUGCUCCUGCAGCCCACUGGCAAAAUAAAGCUGGAGCUUUUGAAAAGGAUGGCAAGAAAGCAAGCUGGAUUUAGAGUAAGAAUAAACCAGGCAGAAUAAAAACCAAAAUGGGGCACAGACCCCGAGGUAUAAGGUAGAAAAUUCAAGACGGCAAGUGUGGCAAAAUGGAAAAUGCCACUUCUGUGCAGAAUGAUAUAAUAUGAUUUGGUGACUGACACUAAGAUGAGGGCAAAGUACUUUUUAUGUAUUUUAUAUCUGGAAGCUCAUUGCUAUAGGCAUUUACUUUUCCAGGCAGUUUCUGGAAUGUAGAUCAGACAAAUAUUUUCAAAUUUGGAGGUGGAGUGGAGGAGAGGUCUUACGAUCUGUACACCACAGUAAGGUAGUACAUCUGGAAGUCCUUCUUGUUGCACCACGUCUGUGUAUGAUGGGCACACAGGGGUUUUCAUAGUGACCGGACAGAUGAUAAAGGUCCAAUUUUGUUCUUUUGUAUCACCACCAUGACUGACUUUACAGUCCAUUUUCUCCACAUAGCGGAGAGAAUUGGGCCUCGUGUCCUUAACACUUUUCGUUACAGAAAGAGAAGUUUGUUUGAAAGAUAUUGCGAUAUCGUGGGACACUGAUUCUAAGCCUCUGAUGUGGACUUCGUAUUGACUGAUACUUUCAAAGGGAUAACAGAGUGGUGUCAGCUGCAGGUCCUCGGACUGUCCAAUGCGUGAAGUGUAAAAUGAAAGACUGAAGACCCUGGAGAACUGAAGCAGGACGGAAAGGACGCACUCUGUAUCUGGAUGAAUAACAGACCUCUCUGCCUCCACACCCCAAGUAUAAAAUGGGGGUGAUAACACUUGUGGAAGUGUUAGGACUAUUUCAAUGUUUGUGAAGAGUUUUGAGCAUGAAAAGAGCUAAGUACUAUUAGAACUCCAUUUCUGUCUGUUGAGUUGGUGAUGGCGUAGUGAUGUGGGUGUGUGUCAGUGUGUUGCCGGGCCAAUGCUGGGAGCGUGCUCAGCUUUGGGCAGGCUGUGCCUGUGUUGGCGUUACCGUUUUGCCAUGAACGUUCCUUUUAAAAUUCUGAAGCACAAAUGAUUCCCCCUGGGUGACAGAAAUGUCCCCGUUGGAGUACUGCCUAUUUUAUAAUGAAUUUAUUGAGAAAAUUACUUUUUUUUCUAAGGUGAUCUUAUUUAAACUGGUUUCUUUUGUUACAAUAGUUGAGUUUUGUGUUAAGAUUCUCAGCGAUUUUUACUACUCGAGAACCACAUUUUAAAUUUCAUCUCAAGGGUUAGGGAAAAACGUUGUCUAGCAUGAUUACUGGGGAAGGAUUUUGUCGUUGCAUGAUAAAUACCAAAAAACCUUUCAAUAACGUACUGAGUAAACAACUAAAAGCGAGUUCUACAUCAGCACACGGUGCAUUUUUAUGUAGUUACUGACCAUUUGUAACUGUUCGAGUAUCUCUUACUACAGUGCAGGCAUUUUUCUAGCCUAACGUCAUAACUGGAUACGCAAAAACAGGGUCAGAAUAAAUAACGUUUACCACCUCUCCGGAGUGCCGUGAGUCCCGUCGGCGGGCAGCCGUUGCCAUGGGCGGUGCCGAGCGCGGUGCCGGGCGGGCCGUGACGCUCUGCCGGGCCGGGGAGCGCCGCCUCCCGGUCGCCUCCAGCCCUUCCGGGUCAGCGCCGAGCCGCAGCCGGGUCCGUGCUGCCGCCGCGGCCGGCCCGGUAUGGACAACCAGAAGGAUGAGAAAGGCAGGCUGCUCAGUGCAGCUUCUACAGAGGACCUGAAAGUCCGAGG